GUUUUGAUUGCGACAAUAUGAAUCGUUUUACAACUGACGAUCAUGGUCGCGACCGUGAAAGCGAUUAUACACAGCUGUCGAGCUAUAGUCCUCAGGACAGUCCAACCCAAGCACCGACACGCCAUUACGACGAAGACUCGUACCAUCCUACGCGUCAAGAACGACGUCAAGGCAGUAUCACGGGUGACGAGUCCGGUGGAUUGAGCAGUCAUAGUCAUAGCAAAAAUCGGUCUAUUGCAGAUAUGAUCGAACAGCGUUGGAAAGGCAAGCAAAUCGAGACCAAAAGACAGCGGCAGCAACCUUACGGUGAUGACGAUCAAAACAAUUCACAGCACCCAACGCAGCGUCCCAUGUUUUUGAGUCGCCCAAGUAUGGAGCCUGAAGAACGGCGCGAAUCGUUUGUCCAAAAAAUCGAAGCUGCGGGCCAAAAUGUAUUUCGAAGAUCGUCAUCAAGCACGGAGUCAUUGAUUGAUAAAUUGUCGGAGACGCUGAAUGCAUGGAGCACAGGUAUCGAUGGAGUCUCAUCGCCAGAGCAACGCGGAAAGAAGGUGUCACCAGAGCAGCAGCAAUCACAGCAUCCUCCCUCGGGGCAAGAACGAGAACAAGACCAAGGACGACCCAUUUCCAUGAGUGUUAAAACGGCUGAGCAAGAAGAGCAGCACGGAGAAAGUCCAUUGCAUAAUAAAUUUCCUCUCCCAGCGCAAAGUCAAAGCAAGUCAGCAGAGCAAAGGCAACAAGACCGUCACUCCUGGCCCUUGUCCUUGUUGUUCAACCAACAGCAUUAUGAUCAAGAUCAGCAGCAAGUACAAGGUUCACGCCGCAUGUCUUGGUCUGAUCGUGCAUUUUCUUUCCUUUUCCAGCAUACAAUGACGGGUAACAAGCCUUUUGAAUGGCGCGAGCAAGAAGAUAUUGAAUUCCAGGGGUCUGAUGUGGCCUACGAUGAGGUGCAAGGCAUGUUUAAACUAUGGAAAUUCUCAGCACCAGCAACAACACCAUCGUCAUCCGCCGUAUCACGAUCAUCCAAAUCCCCUGUUUCGAACGCUGCUACAGCAGCGUCGUCAACACCGUCGAGUAUCACGACCGACAGAAGCAAGAGCAAAGAUCACGAUAACCCAUACGAGCACAAUGCAUAUCAACACGAGUUUCCAUCACCUCCUAAACUGCGCGUGCGUAACGAAUCUUUGCCAACCGGCAAGCAGGCUAUCCACCAUGCUGAAAUCAUCCCACCAUCAUCAACGCGCAAAGGAUCUAUCGAGAACUGGCCAAGCGAAUCAUAUGCUAACGUGGCUCGCCGUAGUAUGUCCCACGAGACGACCAACGGUACGAAAAACAAAAACGGCAAAAACGGAAACAACAUUAAAAAUUGGUUCAAUGCUGAUCCCGAAAGCGGUCGCGUCAAGGUCCCACCCUUGUCAGUCCCCGGUGCUCCUAGUGAGCAAAGUUCCAAGUCUCUCUAUGAUGCUACAGGCAUAAUAGCAAACACGUCGAAAAAGAACAAGAGCGCGUAUGAUCCUCAGUCAAAUAAAAACAAGUUUCACGUGGUGCAUCAUAAGAAGCAUCCUGAAGAAGAUCAAGGAAUUCCAGAUCGCGAGCCACGGUUCGAUAGUGAUUUUGAAAACUGGAAGCCCUCGCCGGAAGGCAACACCAGAAGGCACACGAGUCAUUGGCCAGAUAGCUAUCAGAUCAAGGAUGAAAAUAAGCAUCGCGCCAGCAUUACAAAGAAUGUGUGGGUUGCGCAGGCAGAUGCACAGCACGGUUUUAAAUAA